AUGGCGUCUAGCUUGGAAGAACACCUAUCAGAUCUGCUACAUGACAAUCCCUUGGGCAUGGCCGCGGCCGUGGCCGUGCUGGCGGUGUUGCUGCUCCUGGUGAUGCGCCUGGCCGCGCCUGGCAAGCCCAAGACUUUCCUCGAUCCCCAGCAGUUCCAGCCCUUGACCCUGUCACGGAUCGACACGCUCACGCACAACACGAAACGGUUUGUGUUCAAGCUGCCCGAUCCCAGAAUGCGCGUGGGGCUCCCCACGGGCCAGCACAUUACAUUCCUCGCAAAAGACUCCGAUGGCAAAGACGUCUACCGCCCAUACACGCCUGUCACCGACGACGACACACCCGGCGCCGUCGAGUUUGUGAUCAAGCUCUACGAGCAGGGCAAGAUGUCCCAGGUGCUUUCAAAGAUGGGCGUCGGCGACGCCAUGCUGAUGAAGGGGCCCCGCGGGCGCUUCUCCUACAAGCGCAACAUGAAGCGCGCCUUUGCAAUCCUCAAGGACCCCGCGGACACCACUAAGGUGUCUGUAGUGUUUGGCAACCUGAGCGAGGAGGACAUCCUGCUGCGGCGGGAGCUUGAGGAGCUGGAGCAGCAGCACCCGGGGCGCUUCAAGGUGUACCACGUCCUGAACAAGGCCCCCGAGGGCUGGCAGGGUGGCGUGGGGUUCAUCUCCAAGGACACCCUGCAGCAGCGCCUCCCGCCGCCCGCCGACGACGUCAUGGUGCUGCGCUGCGGCCCGAAGCCCAUGAACGACGCCAUGAAGGGAUACCUCGACGCCCUCGGCUACGCGGAGGACGCGCAGUUUGAAUUCUGA